AAGCCGUUGAGUAGUGUGAGGUCAGGCUCCACCAAUCCCACCCAGCACACACGGUUCAGGGGAAAGAGACGACAACAUGGCCGAAGCAGAGAGUAGCGAGUUAACUUCUGGUGGAAUUUUUCAGGAGAUCUUCACUUCUCCGCUGAAUCUGACCCUGCUCAGUCUCUGCUUGUUCCUUUUGUACAAAAUCUUCCGCGGGGACAAACCGCCGGAGCUCAGCGAGGAGGACAAACCACUGCCCAAAAUGAAGAAGAGAGAUUUUACGCUUGCGGAGCUGAAGCCCUACGAUGGGCUGCAGAACCCGCGGAUCCUCAUGGCCAUCAACGGAAAAGUGUUUGACGUGACCAGAGGGAAGAAGUUCUACGGACCAGAUGGACCGUACGGAGUGUUUGCAGGCAGAGAUGCAUCCAGAGGUCUUGCAACCUUCUGCCUGGAUAAGGAGGGCCUGAAAGAUGAACACGACGACCUGUCGGACCUGAACUCCAUGCAAAAGGAGAGCCUUUCUGAUUGGGAGUCUCAGUUCACCAUGAAGUACGACUACAUCGGCAAGCUUCUGAAGCCAGGAGAGGAGCCGACGGAGUACACCGAUGACGAGGAAGGAAAAAACAAGAAGGCGAACUAAAACAUGAACCGUGACCACAAGGGGGAACAAGAUGCCUUAAUGUAUAUUGGUAAUUUGAUAACCCUAAUAGGGUCGCUGGAAAACUCCUCCACCUUCUGUCCAUCUACCACUACUUUUGGACCAAUCUCGGCUUGUAUACAAUGACUGAAUUCAGUUUAUCUUUAUUAAUCUCGUCUGAAGGCAUUAACGGUUAGAAAUGCAGCUUUCUAAUGUAGAGUUCUUUAAUUGUUUAGAGCUGUUACGUGUAAUCUCUUAAACACUGAUCCGCCGACCAAUCCCAGCGUUUUGUUGAGCUCCUGGUAGUUAUGUGGUGCUGAAAAAGGUGAUCAGCUCAUGUUGAUGGUUGCCAGGUUUCGCUGAAGGCUCUCAGGAAGCGAUUUUUGGUUAAAAUCAAUCCAGGUCUGAAGCAGGACAGCCAAUGUCAGAGUCAGAAUUCUGGUAUUUUUGAGUUUACUCCCAUUGUGGUGUGACUGUUUUUUUUUUUUUAAAUACAGUUUUUCCCUGCAUACUUGCAUAUAUUGGAUCUUUCUCAAUUCAAUUCACUUUUAAUUUUAUAGGCUCAAAUCACAAUAACAGUUGCCUCAAGGCACUUUAUGUUGUAAAGACCCUACAAUAAUACACUAAUUAUAGACCAAUAGUUGCGUUUUAAUGCACAUGUCUGUUUUAAGCUAAAAGACUAUCAAAUCACAGAACUGUCUCCAUAGGUAACCACCCUCUUUACCUUCCAGCAGGGUCACUCUACCGCCAUUCCCGCUACCUGGUGACCAACCUUGACACAGACUUGCAUCAUUAAAUCAAGGCCUUAAAGGAGGUAGUCUAAACACUGCUGGUGUCAUUGUUCUGUAGCCGCUACAUUGUGCAGUUCCUAACAUGAUAAGUUAAAUCUAAAACUCGUCCAUUGUCACUUUAAUUAUAAGAGUAAGUACAUUUUCCUUACAAACUACAUCUAACUUUCACAUCAGGCCUGUUGUACUGAUGAUCUCUGAAGAUUCGUACCUGCACGCAUGUUCAAACUGUAAGAGGAUGAUGAUGUACAAUAGGUCUGUUAUCCCUACCCUUCGGUUUACUCCUAACAGUUCCUGUAGCUGGAAAAAAAAUAUUCCAAGUAUAAAGGUCAAAUUUUGCAUGGCAUAAUUAAAUACACUAAAUCUGUCCCAUAAAAUGAGCUGAUUUUGAGGAGAUUUGGUGGGAACCUUUAACAUAUUUGAUUGAUCUUAUAUCAGUGGCUCCAUAGUCACUAUUAACAAGUGAAAGAUCCCCGGUUUGAUUCCAGGAAGAGACACAGAUCCCUUUGGGGUUGUAUAAGGGUAUCUUUUGGGAGGGAACAGCUGAAAGUAGCUUUAUAAUACUACUGUGACAGUGCAGGUUGAUGUGUUUCCUCUGCAUGGAAAGGCCAUCUUCUCUCUUCCUCUGCUGUCUCCUGCGAUCUUACCACAGAACAGCAGUUAAGCAUUUUAGCAUCUGGAUUCAGCAUCCCAGACAAAGGAUUUGCUGCUCUUUUCAUUCUCAAUUUGCUUUUUGACCUGUAAAAGCAGUAGACAUGUAAAAACCUUGUCAGUAAAUGAAUUAGAAAAAAUGCGUAAUGGUAAGUGCGGUCACCAUGGUGCUCCUAUAAACAAACAUUUGGAAAAAAAAAUUUCCCCCAUUUAUUCUGUUUACCUUGAUUUUAACACUAAAUCCAUGAUGACAGAGAGACCAAAACCAACCCUCAGAUCAGCUGUCAUGGACGUAACAGCUAAACUUUGAAACGUUUUCAAGCCUUCAGACGUGAGUUCAUUUGUAACUCAGGAGUUGUUUCUGACUGUAGAGAAAUGUUUUCUUCUAUGUAACUUCCAUUUAAAACAAACAAAACAUCCAAUAUGUUGACAUUCCUGGUAUGCGUAUAUAUAUUAUUCAUCAUACAGUCAUACUGUUAUAAUCCUGAAAUGAGUUUUUGAUUUAAUUAAAAAAAACUACAAUAUGAA